AUGCCGCCGAAGAAGGUGGAGACGACGGAGGGCCAGGCCGGCGCGGCCAAGUGGGGGCGCGUGAAGACGUCGCUGAAGAUGGGCGUCGUGGGCCUGCCCAACGUGGGCAAGAGCAGCCUCUUCAACCUGCUCACGGACCAGAGCGCCCAGGCGGAGAACUUCCCCUUCUGCACCAUCGACCCCAACGAGGCCCAGUGCGGCGUGCCGGACCAGCGCUUCAAGUGGCUCUGCGACCUCUACAAACCCCCGAGCAAGGUGCCCGCGAAGCUGCUCGUGACGGACAUCGCGGGCCUCAUCAAGGGCGCGUCGGAGGGCGCGGGCCUCGGCAACGCCUUCCUGAGCCACAUCCAGGCCGUCGACGGCAUCUACCACUGCGUCCGCGCGUUCGACAGCGACGAGGUCAUCCACGUCGACGACUCCAUCGACCCCGUCCGCGACCUCGAGACGAUCCAGUCCGAGCUCUGCAAGAAGGAUUUGGCGUACGUGACGAAGCAGAUCGAGGCCCACGAGGCCAUCAAGAAGGGCGUCAAGCCCAAGAAGCUCACGGAGGCGUACCUGUCCGCGCGCGACAAGAUCGUCGAGCACCUGACGAACGACAAGCCCGCGUUCAUGGCGGGCUUCACGGACGCGGAGAUCGCCGAGUUCAAGGUCUGCGCGCCGGCGCUCAUCACGACGAAGCCCAUCGUCUACCUCGUGAACCUCUCGAAGAAGAACUACAUCGCGAAGCGGUCCAAGUGGCUGCCGAAGAUCGCGGAGUGGAUCAAGGCCCACGGCGGCGGCACGUCCAUCCCCUUCUCCGUCGAGUACGAGGAGGAGCUCUUCGAGGCGAAGAAGGCCGGCGGGCCCGACGCGGUCAAGGCCAUCGUCGAGUCGAACGGCGGCGCGAAAUCCGUCCUGCCCCGCAUCAUCAAGUGCGGCUACAAGGAGCUCAACCUCAUCUACUUCUUCACGGCCGGCGAGAAGGAGGUCCGCGCCUGGAACAUCUACGACGGCUCCCUCGCGCCCCAGGCCGCGGGCGCGAUCCACAGCGACUUCGAGCGCGGCUUCAUCAAGGCCGAGCUCUGCGCCUUCGACGACUUCAAGGAGCACUGCGGCGGCAAGCCCACGAUGGCCAACCUCAAGGCCCUCGGCAAGUACCGCCAGGAGGGGAAGACCUACAAGGUCAAGGACGGCGACAUCAUCGAGUUCAAGUUCAACGUGUCCAAGUAG